AUGCACAUGGAGACCCUCCGCAGCAGCAGCCUUGCUGCUGCUUCCGUUGCUGCUCCCAGCGGCGGGGAGACGCAGCAGAUCGCAGUUGGAGCUGAAGCAACUGCAGCAGCAGCAGCAGCAGCAGCGACACCGGCAGCAGCAGCAGCGACCCCAGCAGCAGAGCCUGCACGAGUAGCGACAGCAGCAGCAGCAACACGCAGCGCAGCAGCUACACACGUGCAGCCCAGCAUGGCUGCAAUAGAAGCCUUGGCAGCAGCAUCAGCAGCAACAGGAGCUCUUGCUGCUGCUGCUGCUGCUGCUGCUGCACCCCCUCCUGAGCAGUCAGACGCUGCUGAGGAAGCUGAAGCCUUGCUGGAAGCAGCAGCAGCAGCAGCAGAGCCGCAAAGCCUGUGCCACUCGCCAGCUGCUUUCAGCGUGACGCCGCAGCAGCAGCAGCAGCAGCUGCAGCAGCAGCAACUGCAGCAGCAGCUGCUGCUGCUGCAGCAAGAGGAGACUUCGAAAACUCCACGGCCGCUUUUUAGCUCGGGCGGGAACAGCUGCGCAGGAGUUGCAGCAGAUUCCGCUGCAAAAGUUCCGGCAGCAGCAGCAGCAGAAACAGCAGCGGCAGAGACAACAGCAGCCGCAGCAGCAGCAGCAACUCCUGGAGCAACCCCACCACAGCCAGAAGCUGCAGCAGCACAGAGUGAGUUAGGAGUACCAGCUGCCUCAACUACGGCAACAGCAACCGCAGCAGCAGUAACUGCAGCAGUGGCAGCAGCAGCAGCAACAGCAUUGCCUGGGGAUCAUGCAGCAGCAGCACCAGCAGCAACAACAGCAUUGCCUGGGGACCAUGCAGCAGCAGCAGCAGCAGAUAUUGCUGCAGUGGGGUACUCUUGUGGAACUCAGCCCCAGCUGGCAGAAGCAGCAGCAACACAAGCAGCAGCAUCGGGAGCACAAGGAGCAGCAGCAGCAGAAACAGAAGCAGCAAGGCCCUCCGCAGCAGUAGCAGCAAACACUGCAGCAGCAGCAGCAACUCACUCGGCUGUGGUUCCGGUGACAAUCCCCGCAGCAACAGCAGCAGCGGCUCAAGCAGCAGCAGCAGCAGCAGCCGCUCCUCCUGCAGCAGCAGCAGCCCAACUCGCAGCAGCAGCAGCACCUGUAGAAGCAGCAGGCUUAGCCGCAGCAGCAGUAACCUCUAUACCUGCAGCAGCCACAGCAGCGCCAUUUGCAGCAGCUGCAACGCAACUGGCUGCAACUGCGACCACAACUGCAGCAGCAGCAGCAGCAGCAGCAGCGGCAGCAGCAGCAGCAGAUGCACAAGCAGCAGCACCUCUAGCAGUAGCACCUGCGGCGCAUCCGGCAGCUCCCCGAGUGGCACCAACUGCAGCAGCAGCACUUGCGGCAGCAAAGCCAGCAGCAGCAGCUGGAACAUCUUGCCCAGGAGCAACAGCAGCAACGGCAACGCCCGCAGCAGCAGCUGCUGCUGCUGCAGCACCCCUGGUAGCAGCAGCAAAGCUGAUGGCUCCAACGCCGCAGCAUGCAGCAGCGGCUGCUGCAACAGCAGCACCUCCAGCAGCAGCAUCGAAGCUGAUGGAUCUGACGCCGCAGUAUGCGGCAGCAGCUGCUGCACCAGCAGAAGCAGCAGCAACAACAGCAGCAACAGCAGCAGCAGCGGCAGCCGUGAGAGCGCCCCUAGCAGCAGAGACAGAAACACAUGAAGCAGCAGGAAUGUUCGCAGCUGCCGCAGCACCAGCUGCUGCAGUUGCAGCAGAAGCAGCUGCAGCACCAGCAGAAGCUGCAGCACAAACUACAGCAGCAGCUGCAGCACCAGCUGCAACACCAACAACAGAGGCAGCUGCAGCACCAACUGCAGCACCAGCUGCAUCACCAGCAGUUGCAGCGCCAGCGGCAACAGAACCGGCAGCAGCACCAGCUGCAGCACCAGCUGCAGCACCAGCUGCAGCACCAGCUGCAGCACCAGCAGCAAACGCCGCUGCAACACCAGCAGAAGCAGCUGCAGCACCAGCUGCAGCACCCUCAGCAGAGGCAGCUGCAGCGCCAGCUGCAGCGCUAGCUGCAACGCCAGCUGCAGCGCCAGCUGCAGCGCCAGCAGCAGCACCAGCUGCAGCACCAGCUGCAGCAAAAGAAUCAGCUGAUGCUGCUGUCACAGCCUUGCAGGGCGUAACAUCAGAGGUUGCUGCAGCAGCAGCAGCAGCAGCAGCUCCUGCUACUGCUGCUGCAGCACCUGCUGUUUUUGCCGGGGAGGCACCACCAGCACUGCCAUGCCCAGUUCCAGCAGCAGCUGCAGAAGCAGCAACAGCAGCAGAAGCAGCAACAGCAGCAGCAGCAGCAGAAGCAAGAGGCGCCGGGCCUUGCAUGCCUUCGCCAGGGGCCUCUAGGGAGCAGCUGCUGCUGCAGCAAAAGAUGCUGCUGCAGCAGCAGCUUGAGGCGCUGCAGCGCGAGCACGACAUGCUCCAGAUGCAGCGCGUGCAGCAGGGACAGCAGCAGCAGCAGCAGCAGCAAAUUGCAGCUCCUGCUGCUGUCUCGAUUGUCUCGGCUGCCGUCGACACACCAGCAAUUGCUGCUGCAGCAAGCUCUCCUCUCUCUGCUGUAGGUGCUGCUGUUUCUCCCGACACUUCAGCAGCAGCAGCAGCAGCAGCAGCAGCACCUGCGCAGCAAGACCCUUCGGCGUCUGCGGCUGCUGCUGCUGCGGUUGCUGCUGCUGCUGCUGCUGCAGAUGCUGCAGCUAGAGUUGUGGAAACACCAGAAGUUGCUGCAGCUACUUGCUGCUUGGGUACAAGAGCAGCUGCUGCUGCAGCCAGUGCGGGAGUACAAGCAGCAGCAGCCGGCGCUGCUGCUGCAGCCGCUGCUGCUGUAUCCCCUGCUGCUGCAGCAGCUGCUGCUGCAGCUGCUGCUGCUGCUGCAGCAGCAGGGGAUGCAGCAGCACCAAGUAUAGCUCCGGUCACUGCAGCAACGAACGAGAUAGCAGCCACACAGGCAGCUCCCCCUCCAGCAGAAGCAGCAGCUGCUGCAGCAACAGCAGCAACAGCAGCAGCCAACGAAGAAAAUUUGGCAGCAGCAGCAGCAGAAGAUAUGCAAAAGAUGGCAGCAGCAGCCUCACCAGCAGCAGCAGCAGCAGACGCUCCGAAAUUGCGGGUACUAGCAGCAAAGCCAGAAACUGGCAACCUUGCUUCCGAAGCAGCAGCAAACGUAACAGCAGUUUCUGGUGCUGCUGCUGCUGCUGCUGCACCGGCAGGCACUCCUGUUGCUGCUGCUGAUGCACCCGCAGCAAUUCUUGGUGCUGCUGCUGCUUCACAGGCAGCGCCUGCAGCUUUUGCUGCUACACAGGCAGCAUCUGCUGUUGCGCGUAUUCCUGCUGCUGUUGUGCAAGCAGCAAGUCCUGUUGCUGCUGCUGUUACUCAAGCAGCAAGCCCUGUUGCUGCUGCUCAAGCAGCAAGCCCUGUUGCUGCUGCUGCGGUGCCAACAGCAGCUCCUGCCUGUGAGGCUGCUGAACAAGCAGCGGCUGCUGCUGCUGCUGCACCGGCAGCGGUUGCUUCUGCUACUGUUGAAGCAGCAGUCGCUGCUGCUGUUGCUGCUGUUGCUGCUGUUGCUGCUGAACAG